AUGGCCUGCCAUGGUGGUGAUGGUGCUGUUGGUGAGGGGAGUUUCCGUCAAGGCCUGGAGGACGUGGAAUUGAAAAUGGAGAUAGGGAAGCCGGGCCAAUCCUGUGAUGACGUGUGUGCUGAGCGAAGCUUGAAGUGUCAGGCCGACCUUCUCCCCCGCAUCAACAACUGUCCUCUGCUCCGUCAUUUCUUUCCCUGCACGCCUGGCUGCUUCGCGUCAAUGGGAGCAGAGCAGCCCACAGAGGUGGUAGAAGCACCACUGGAUAUAGCCUCUUAUACACCACAGCACAUACACCUGUUGGAGAAUCCUUCUAGACAAAAUCCGCAGCAGAGGAGAAUGCUGCAAGACCUCAGGGGUUAUUCUAGACAGGGUCAGGGAGGUCAGCGGGGAGGUCCUGCGGUUGGUUGCAAUACUGCAUCACAGAAGCGCCAGUUUCUGCUAUACCCCCUCCGCAUGAUGAUGACUUUCUGCAACGCAAGUCGUCAGUCUUGCCGCUAG